GAGGGCGCGGCGGCGCGGGCGGCUUGGGGCUGGAUUCCGCCCGCGCUCCCUCGCUCGCUCGCUCCCUCCCCAGCCCCCUCCCACCCAGGCCCACCCCACCCAGCACCCCUGGCGCAGGGACUGCUGGAACCUGGCUGUGCGCGCUGUCGCUUUAAGACAGACUCUGCCGGCGCCGUCCGGAGCCUUAGAAACCGGCCCCGGAUCGCGAGCCGGAGCCGGGGCCGGCCGGGCUGCUGAGGCCCGAGCGGCUGAGGCCCGAGCGGCAGGAGCGCAGCGCGGAGCGCUGAGCCAGGCGCCCGGUCGCGAGAAGCUGCCGCCGCCUCUGCCAGCCCGGCGCCGCAGCCCCGGGCGGUCCAUGGGGCGGGCACGGCGUCGCUGCAGGCGCCGGCAGCCCUGGAGGGCAGCCGCUUAGGCGCUGCGCUCUUGUCCCCGCAGGUCGCAGCCAGGGCGGCGGGGCGCGCCCAGCCCCGGCCCCUGGAGCGCCCGCCGCGGUCCCCACCUCCAUGGACGCCUUCAAGGGGGGCAUGAGCCUGGAGCGGCUGCCGGAGGGGCUCCGGCCGCCGCCGCCGCCACCCCAUGACAUGGGGCCCGCCUUCCACCUGGCCCGGCCCGCCGACCCCCGCGAGCCGCUCGAGAACUCCGCCAGCGAGUCGUCUGACACGGAGCUGCCAGAGAAGGAGCGCGGCGGGGAACCCAAGGGGCCCGAGGACAGUGGUGCGGGAGGCACGGGCUGCGGCGGCGCAGACGACCCAGCCAAGAAGAAGAAGCAGCGGCGGCAACGUACGCACUUCACAAGCCAGCAGUUGCAAGAGCUAGAGGCCACGUUCCAGAGGAACCGCUACCCCGACAUGAGCAUGAGGGAGGAGAUCGCCGUGUGGACCAACCUCACCGAGCCGCGCGUGCGGGUCUGGUUCAAGAACCGGCGAGCCAAGUGGCGUAAGCGCGAGCGUAACCAGCAGCUGGACCUGUGCAAGGGUGGCUACGUGCCGCAGUUCAGCGGCCUAGUGCAGCCCUACGAGGACGUGUACGCCGCCGGCUACUCCUACAACAACUGGGCCGCCAAGAGCCUGGCGCCAGCGCCGCUCUCCACCAAGAGCUUCACCUUCUUCAACUCCAUGAGCCCGCUGUCGUCGCAGUCCAUGUUCUCGGCACCCAGCUCCAUCUCCUCCAUGACCAUGCCGUCCAGCAUGGGCCCAGGCGCCGUGCCUGGCAUGCCCAACUCGGGCCUCAACAACAUCAACAACCUCACCGGCUCCUCGCUCAACUCGGCCAUGUCGCCGGGCGCUUGCCCGUACGGCACUCCCGCCUCGCCCUACAGCGUCUACCGGGACACGUGCAACUCGAGCCUAGCCAGCCUGCGGCUCAAGUCCAAACAGCACUCGUCGUUUGGCUACGGCGGCCUGCAGGGCCCGGCCUCGGGCCUCAACGCGUGCCAGUACAACAGCUGACCGCCCCGCCGCACCACGCGGGCCGGCUGCCGGAGCGGGGAAGGGCGCGGGCGCGGAGGACGCACGCGGGGCCCCGGCUCGCAAGCCCCAGCUCACCGCGCCGCGGACCUCACACCUGCGCAGCCCCCUCCUCCCACUUCCCACUCCGGGUUGGUUUUGUGUUUGCUUUUCCGGACCCCACUCUUCCCUCCAAAAAGACAAAAAAAAAAAAAAAAAAAAGCAAAAAGACGUCGGAGAAAAGUGCCGCGAAAAAAUGGAUGAGUUGCAAUUUCUCUCGGGAUGGCGCGGGUGGUGUGUGUGUGUUCCCACGGGCCCCGGAGGCCCACUCCGCGGAGGGCACGCGGCGCGGUAAGCGAGCGCCGAGGCCCAGCGGCCGGGGGAGGACGACCUCGUAGCCCGCGUCCCCGCCGCGCUGGAUCCGGACUGAGCGGCCGGUCCUGCGGACUGGAUGUGCGGGGCCUGGACUUGCCUAGGAUUUCCCGACCCCGUACAAACCAAGUUGCCCUCUCCGAGCUGGGCCCGGCCGAGAGCGCCUUAGCUCGAGUCGGAUCCGUGUUGGAGCGGGCGUUGGGUUUGGGGGGACGGUGCCCCCAGCCCAGGAUCGGGCACUCAGUGGAGCCGCACACGGCCCCGGCGCGCCUGGUAGAGCCUCGCUGGCCCUGCGCCCCGGAGCCCUAUAUUAAGGCCACGGAGCGACAGCGGGCAGUGCGGACCUGGCGGGAGGUGGGGGAGGUCCAUCUCAGAACACCCCAGCCUUGAGCUUAGCUGCAGGCCCAGGCCCUCUGCUCUGCUCCCGGGCUAGGAGGUGGCCCUCUGGGCGAACAGCCCCCUCCUCACCGCCCGCCGUGCAAGAGUCGAGCCGGUAGAGCAAGGGGCGCGGCCCCAGGGCCCUGCGCCCACUUUGCACACCCGCUCUCCGGCCCGCGCCCCUGUUUACAGCGUCCCUGUGUAUGUUGGACUGACUGUAUAGAAUUAUAAAUCUGUCUAUAUCGACUUGUCCAUGUACGUCUAUUAAAACCAUAGUCCGAGCGUGCUAAGCA